GAAGUGAGGAUCCGCGCGGUAGCCAAGGAGGUCGUUGUUUUCGGACUGGUUGCGCGGUUCGACCUUCAUAACGUUUGCUUUGCGGGGUGGGCGGAAGCGGAGUUUCUCGAGUGGGUUACAGUGAGGAGACAGGGGUUUCAAAGGUACGUAGGUAAGGUACGUGGUAGUUGAAUCAAACCCCAAAUAAAAAAAAUCAACAAGCGAGGAAGGAUAGAAUGGCGGACGAAAAGGCAAGGUCGGCAGAAAAAAUGACAAGGCAAGAAGAGGAGGAGGCGACGGACUACAACCCAACCCUUCUUGUCGUACGUGGUAGUUGCUUGUCUGGGGUUUGGCAAGGCAUGUACUACCUACUUGAUGUACCGUACAAAAUGGGAAAGGCCGGGGGUCGCGGUAAUGCGGUGGCCCAAGGACUGAACCCCACAUCGGGUCUUCUUGGCAGCGGUGCGCUACGUAAUGAAACGACAACACUCAAAGCGGGGGAUGUAACGUGA